AAUAUAUCUCUUAAUAGGGAGAGGAUCCUCUCCUGAGCACAUCAAGUACCCAAAACUUGCAGUUUAGACCGUCGCACAAUUUUCAACUGCAACAAGUUCACCGUCGGCGCCUUGGUUGAUUUUGGUUUGGGCGAUUUCCAGUGAGUGAGGGGAUUGAGUUGUUUGGAGCCAGCCAGAGUAGCUAGCGGAUUUUGGAGUGGCUAAGGUACGUGGUUGAUGCAACUGGAAAUUCAUGUCGGUUACAUUGCUCCAGUCCAGAUGGCUUACAGCAGCCCAGUUUGAAGAUUUCCUCCAGUUGUCCGGUGCAGUCCACUGCAUUUUUCUUAACUGUUUCUUCCGGUUUGAUAACCGCAACCCAUUUUCCAGUCCAGUUCGGUUUCUGCCUCUCACGCAGGAGCUGGUAUGAAAUUGCCCUAUCAUUUAAUGAAAUUUCAACGCAACCAAAUAGUAAGUGGGCUUCCGGAUGUCUUCACCGGGUCAUAAUAGCCCCAAGUCUUUCCCUCCCUCCCUCGCCAACCAGUUCAAUUUCAUGUCAUGCUGGAAUUCCCUACUCUUCAUUUGUUUGCUUCAGACAACUCUUCUCCAAAUGAGCAGACUCGUUUUCAAAUCAAACCCACACCCUCCUCCCUGUCUUCUUCUUCUUCAAACAUGUUCAAGCAUGAACCAACUCAAGCAAAUCCAUGCCCACACACUCAUCACCGGCCUAGCUCGUUUCACCUACAUCACCAGCAAGCUCUUAGCCUUCUCCGCCUUAUCGGAACACGGUGAUUUACGCCACGCAGAGACUCUAUUCAAUCGAAUUCCGGCACCCAAUGUCUUUGAUUUCAAUUCCAUGAUCAUGGGUUUCUUGAAAAACUCACAUUCCAAAAAGGGUCUCUCUGUUUUUACCAAAAUGAGAAGGAUAGGCGCCGACCCAAAUGCUCGAACUUUCACAGUUUUGGUUAAAGCUUGUGUUGGGGUGCCUUUGCUUGAUCAGAUAUAUGGUCAGAUAAUGAAGUUUGGACAUGAGUGUGAUGUUUAUGUUACUAGCUCAGUUAUUAGUGUUUACUGUAAAUUGAGAGCUGUGGAAUUUGCUCGGAGAGUGUUUGAUGAAAGUUUGGAUAGGAAUGUGGUGUGUUGGACUAGUCUUGUUAGUGGGUAUUGUGGCAAUGGGUUGGUUGAUGAUGCCCGUGACCUGUUCGAUAAAAUGCCUGAGAGAAAUGAUGUGUCUUACAGUGCAAUGGUUUCGGGUUAUGUUCAGAAUGCUUGUUUCAACAAAGCUAUUGAUUUGUUUCGUGAUUUCAAGCGUCGUCGUGCGAAUGUGAGGUUGAAAGAGUCUCUUUUGGUUAGUGUUCUUAAUGCCUGUGCUUCUGUGGGUGCAUUCGAGGAAGGGAAGUGGAUUCAGAUGUAUUUGGACGACCAUGGUUUUGAGUAUGGACUUGAGCUCGGUACGGCAGGAAUAGAUUUUUAUGCAAAAUGUGGAUUCAUUAAAGAUGCUAAAGAGAUAUUUGAUAAGAUGCUGCGUAAAGAUGUAACUACUUGGAGUGCUAUGAUCAUGGGAUAUGCUACUAAUGGUGAGAAUGAUACAGGGCUUGAACUUUUUGCUGAAAUGGAAAAGAAGGGACCUAAACCAAAUGCUGUGACAUUUGUUGGAGUUCUCACUGCAUGUAAUCACAAAACUCUGGUAAAUGAAGCAUGGCGAGCAUUGGGACGUAUGAGUAAAAUUUAUAGCAUUGCUCCAGAGAUUGAACACUAUGGGUGCAUGGUUGAUCUCUUGGCCCGUGCUGGGCGAGUGAAAGAGGCAGAGAUAUUGAUAAGAAGUAUGGCAAUGGAACCAGACGGAGCUAUAUGGGGGUCUUUACUUAACGGGUGUCUGAUUCAUGGCCAUUUUGAGUUAGCCGGUAAGGUUGGGAAGCUUCUCAUUCAAUUAGAGCCUCAACAUAGUGGAAGGUAUGUUCUUUUAGCGAACAUGUAUGCCAAAAUGGAAAACUGGGAGGAUGUGUUGAGGCUAAGGAAAAUGAUGAAGGAUAGAGAGGUAGUUUCAAUUUCUGCUUGGAGUUUCAUCGAGAUUGAUGGUGUUGUGCAUAAAUUCUUAGCCAAUGAUAAGUCUCAUUCUUAUUCAAGAAGUAUAUACCAAACAUUAAGUCAACUGAGGAAGGAACUCGAAAGUUUUUCCAAUGCCAAUGAUUCUUUGCUAUUGUAAACCAAGUGGAAUCGGAAAGGUCAAUCCAAAGCAAGCAUGUCAUUGCGGAUUGCUUGUUAUUCAAUCACUAUGUCCGUGGAUUCUUCUGCUGAUGAUCCUGGCGGAAGUUAGUUAUUGCAAAGGAAACAGACAAGUGGACAUCCUGUGCUAUUGUGUGUCCUCGAGUCAUAAGCUUCUCCAAGGGACUGAGAAUUAUAUAAAGCUUCAUCAGAUUGUGGAUGAAACCGUCAAGAAGCUUCAAGCUGAAGUAUUUGGCUUACCUGUUAAUAUGCGCAGGGUUAUAUUUUGGCACUGUGAGGCUCAAAAAAUGAAUUAUCCUCCUGCACACCAACUUGCAUAGUCCUACCAGUGAAGAUAAAAGUUUCUUGUCAAAAUAUCCACCAAUUUUAUAUGAUUUUCCAAUAUCCAUGAUUUCAUGAAAAGCCAAUUGUAUAGGUGAGUCAUGUGUUCUCAUAUUUAAUUCAAAUGGUUUCUCUGAUGUCUGCAAAAAUGGCUAGCAGAAGUUGCUGCCUAAUGGCACCAUGAAUUGGUGGGUAGGUGAGUGGGCGAGUACUGGUUCUGAGACAAACCGUAAACCAGCUCCACAGACUGAGGUGAUUCGGAUUGAGACAUUCCAUCAUGCAAAUAGGGAAAAAACAGAAGCCUGUGUACUCAAACUAGUAUUGUGGCUUCAUUAUUUGGUCUCUCAAAGUAAGCCUGCAUCCACUAGUGUGGGUAUGCGGUCACCUGUUAAGUCCAUAGCUACCAAAACCCUCCCAAAGACAAAUGAGCAGCUCAAGGACAUUCCCCCCUCAACCAUGCUAACAACUGACGACCAGGAGAUGCUGCAGGAUGUCAGUAAGAGAAGACGGGUUCCCGGAAUUAGUAAAAGUCAGGACUAUGACAACGCAAACUCUAGUUUGGGAAACCGGAGCAGAUUGAACAAGAGUAACAGCUAUACAUCUGGGGAAGAAACCAAGAAAUUGUUACCUUUCAGUAGGCUCUCUUCUGGGGUUCCUGUCAUUGAUUUUGGUAUAGAUAAGGAAAAAGCCUUGGAUGUUAUAGAUAGAGUGGACACACAGAGAGAUCAUCAUCAUCCAAGGGAGUAAAGUAUCUAGGGAUGCUUUGACAUUGACUGGUGUGAUGUAUGAGUGUAAUUACUACUCCCACGAGAAAUUUACUGUGCAUAUUUUCACUAUGGGUAGAGCCACUUUUAGUUGCAACUGUCCUGAACGGGUAUAUUCAGAGGGGGUAAGUUUGCGGACAGUACAACUCAUUUGUUUAUUGCAAGUUUUUGUGUUUUGGUUUA